AUGGCCUCUGAAGAAUCUGGAGGGUACUUCUCUGUUUCCACCAUCGCGGUGAAUCCGGACAGGAUUGACGAGGCCCAUGCCUGUCUGGCCGAAGUUUCCGAAGCGACUUUGAAGGAACCAGGAGCCAAGAUCUACAGGUUCUACAAGACUGAGGGUAAAGACGAGUUUGUCUGCAUGGAGAAGUAA